CUGCUUUUCAGUCUCCUGACGCAGCUCUGCUAAUACUUCUUACCUGUAUGCUAACGAUAUGGCUGUGCAUGCCAUGUAUCUUGCUUUUUAUCCGACGCAUGAAUCUUCGACGUUCCAGAUCCCGCCUGAUCCAGACAUACCUCUUGGCGUCCCCGUCGCACGAUACGUCGAGACACACCUCGUCGACUCUGUUACGCGCGGAAGACAUUCCUUCCUUCGUGACAUCUUCCGGCAAACAGAAGGCGCUGCUCCUUCGAUCUCCGAUGUGCUGGGACCUGAAUCUCACGUGCCUCAGCCAAAACUCGAGCCCGAACUGGGGCCCACGAAUUCGACAUUGCUUUCCUCACCUGAGCUGCCACUCCAUUCUAACCUUGCGCACGCACUCGCCUUCCCACAAGGGUCCUCUCCGGCUCUCGCCCGUAUCCUCAUACUCCCAAUUGCCUCCUCGAUACUCGCCAUGCUCCGCGCACCGCUUGAUAUGGCAGCGCUGCUUCGGAGCCCUGAUGAAUUAGCACGUGUAUCAGUACUGGAACCUACUGAUAUCGAAAAUGGCGUUGGUGUGGGUGACGAUACGGGCGUGACGGGGAGUAUUAAAAAUACUCCAAAAUCAACGUGUGGGACGAUCCCCGAUAGAAUGGUCGAUGUUGAGAGCGACAGGGAAGGUGAUGGGAACAGGAACCUGGAUGUGGGCUUGGACACGAACAUGACUGUGGCAGACUCCCAACCCCUACCCCAAGCGCAAACGCCAAUGCAUGCACUUGAUCCCGUCGCUAACGAACGGGAAGCGAUUGGGCAUGCAUUGAUUUGGUCUGCCCAAGCACUCGAGAGGUUACAACACAAGCGGAAACGCACAGAGGAGGACCCAGAUCCAGUUAAAAAGGAAGAAGGAAGCGAAGUGAUGCUCAGCUCACCGAUGGAUGUGGACUCUGAGCCCCCCGAGGAGGACGCCAAGGACGUCUCAGACAAUGAUGCUCUCGAAGAACCACUCACAAAACGGAUUCGCCUCAAUCUGCUUGCCCUCGCCAAACGAGCACCGCUAGACAAGAUCGCGCCUCUCCCUGCGCAGUUUGUUCCAGAAGGUAUACGGGCGAUGGUUCCUACUACCUAAUUAUCUCCGCAAUCUUCCUCGUGCUUUAUUUUUUUUCGAUGCCGUCGCAUCCACCAUACGGAAUCUCUGACUUCCGAUCCGGCCUUAUGGGUUCAUUCUACGUACCUCAUACACGCUUAGACACGAGUUGACUAGAGAUAUAUAACAUAUAGUAUAAUAGAUAUCCUAACUUACCCUAUCAUUACACUGUACACACUGUACUGAAGUAUCUAUUCAUCGCAGACUUGUACGUUU